AUUUCCAUUAAGCACGCUGAUCGUAAAUCUCCCUGGACAGUUCUUGUAGCUACGAAACAUCCAGAGCUCCUUGGAUUUAGUAGUAUUCGACCAUGGCCACGAGUUGAUGAACCGGGUGUCUUCCGACAUCAUGUUUGGGGUAAAAGAUUUGAUCAAAAUGAGACAUCUGAUCCACAACCAACUCUCCUGGUUCUAGCCCAUUCUUCCGUUGCCCGAGCUGAUCAAACCAGUUGUGCUGGCGUACCCUUUAUUUUUUCGGCUAUUUCAAAGUCGGCUCAGGAUGGAAUAUCUUGUCUUAUGCCUGGAUGUAAACACUGCUUUAUCUCUCGAACAGAAGCCAAGUCGAUUAACUGGCCAUUUUGUUCAGUGGAAGAAACAUUCGAAUCCCCCUUCUAUCCUUCGACAAAAUCUGCAGCCUUCUCAGCACUUUGGGUGACCUUUGACCCACAGAGCCUUCUUCCUGGUCUUCAGGCUAGCAAUGGAAACGAUGGGUCCAAGUUGGCCGAUCGAAUUGGUCAUCUUCCUUACCAGUUGGUCAAAAGUUUACCUCUUGAAGAUAUGCCUCAGUUUGACAGGAAACUGGAAUGCAAUAGUACCGAUUCAUCGCCUGAGUCAAACCUAUCUGGAAUGGAGUACAUUCUGAGCACUAGCUACACUCUAUGUCUCCUUGGACGUUAUUUCCGCACCAGUAGAUCUCCGAUUUCACUAUUUAACAUUCUUAUUGCCCUUCAACUGAUUCUUAUUCUUCUCUUGUCUGCGGUUCUUCAUCUCCCAAACUUCUCGCCCUCUUCUCAACACCUAUGUCAUACCUAUCAUCAGACAAUGAGUCAAUUGACAUCCCUGUCCCUUACCCUUCAAUCGAAAAAUCUAUCCUCCAAGUUUGUGGGAAGUUGUGGUGUUAUUGAUCUUCUCAUUCGGAAUCCAAAUGCAUGCUCUGCCUCGGAAGGACCCACUCAACAAACUCCCACCGACAUUCUCAACUCAUUUCUCAUUCUAGCUUGGGGUGCUCUACGACAUGGGUGCGUCCUAGAGUUGACCGCUUCUUCAACAGAUCAUUUCGCCUCGGAAUUGAACCGUCUUCUCAUCUGGUUAGGCUCUUCUGAACCGGCAGGUUGGAAAAUCAAUCGAAGCUUGGCGAUUCUGAUGAGCCGCUUUUUUAUAUCCCAUAUUGUAGCAUGGCGUUUCUACGUACACUUUUUAAUUCAAACUACUUCCGGUGUGUUCGAAUGGCUGUACGCGAUGUUCGUGGUCAGACUUCAUCUGGAGUAUUUCCACUUGCUCAUCCUUCUUUUAUCAACGGUAUUCCUGCAGAUGAUGUUGAGUAGUGGCAAGGCAAAGCGUGUUCUGAUAGAUUUGAUAUCAUCUUCGACAAGGCUGGCAGCAUCGCUAAUAAUUUGCGUUGGGUUGGAUAUAUUUAUGUUGGGGACGCUUCAUCUCUGCUGUUUCUACGUCUACACAGUUCGGCUAUUCCGAGUCCAAUUAUUAACCGUAGCAGCAAGUUGGCGACUCUGUCGAUCAGGCUCAAAGUGGAAUCCUUUGCGAGGUCGUGUAGAUACGAUUCCACAAAAUGAUGACAUUCCACCUGUAGUGGCAAACGCUGUUCUUAUCUCCUCAGAAAACCAGGGACAGGCUGAUUCAGAAACAGAAUGUAUACCUACUGGCCAGUCGCGACAUUUAGAUCGAGUCUUUGUGGCGACUUUCCUUGGUGUGGCGACAGGACUGUGUCUGCUACCGACGACGGUCGCCUUCUAUGCGUCGUUUUCUGUGAUAUUCAUCAUUUUGGUGUGCAUUAAAGCCAUUUUAACACGUCUUGUUUGCUGGAUUCUUUCAUUUCCACUGGAAGCCGCGCUUUUAUGGUUCUUUGAUAUUGCUUCUAUUAGAACCGAUUUGGUUAUCAUAUCCCCCGUUCUUGAUUCUGUUCGUGUUCCAUUUCUCACUAUCGAGCUCUCCAGAGGAAGUUUUGGAAAUAUUAUGAAAGAAAAUAUCCUUUUUGAUACGAACGGUCUAUUUGGCAGGCGGUACAGCGUUGGAGAGAUUGUGAAGAGUCUAAUAUGCGCAAAUCUGCUUUAUCCACUAUCGGAAAAGAAUUAG